AUGGAGAAUUCAAAUCAUUUAUUCAGAUUCAACUUAUCGAUGCUUCACUUGCCCAAAUCGGCUAAAUUAAGAUCAUUUGGAGUUUACUUAGCUGGAGGAUUAUAUGCCAUUGGAUUCUGGUCAAUAAUAGAUGCUGCCAUAUAUUCCAAGACGGUUAAUGCAUCGAUUGUUCAUGUUACAUUUGUCGAUUGGAUUCCAUUCAUUUGUUCUACUUUAGGAAUGUUGAUUGUUAAUUCGAUUGAAAAGUCUAAUUUAUUUGUUGAUUCAAAUAAUUCAUUCAGUGGUAGUGGAGGUAAUACUAAUGCUUGGGCUGCUAGAGUUAUAUUAUUUCUUGGAUUUGCAUUAUUAGCAGGUGGAUUGGCUGGAUCAUUCAUGGUGUUUAUUUUAAAAUUCUUAUUGAAACAAUAUACUUUCCCAACUUUAGGGAUGGGAGUUUCAAAUAUUGUUUGUAAUGCAUGUAUUAUGUUAAGUUGUAUUACUUUAUGGUUAUCCCAAAAUAUUGAAGAUGAAUACAGUUAUAAUUUAGCAUUAUAA